GCCUCCCUCCAAAAGAGAUAAUAAUACUUAGAGGCGUUCGCUGGGGCUGAAUGAGAAUUAGCCCUAGGCGCAGCCCAUCAUUAGGACGGGGCAGCCGGGCUACUGUGACAUUUUUUAGAAAGCUGAGAUGAUGGAAAGAAUAAGAAAAGAGAUGAUUCUGAUGGAGAGAGGGCUGCACAGCCCCACGGCAGGCAAGAGGUUCUCCAACUUGUCCGAUUCGGCUGGCAAUGCUGUGCUGGAGGCCCUGGAAAAUUCGCAGCACCCGGCUCGCCUCAGCCCGCGCCUGCCGUCCGCCCCCCUGCACGGCGCUCUAGGAGACCUCCCCGCCAAAGGCAAAUUCGAAAUAGACACUUUAUUCAACCUGCAGCACCCCGGCAGCGAAAGCACCGUCUCGUCCGAAAUCGCCUCAGCCUCUGAGAGCCGCAAGAAGCCGGGUCAUUAUUCAGAGGCGGCCGCCGAGGCCGACAUGAGCAGCGACGUGGAGGUGGGCUGUUCUACGCUGCGCUCCCCCGGCAGCCUCGGUGCUGCGCCGCUCAAGGAAAACAAUGGCAAAGGGUACGCGGAGAGCGGCUCGGCCGCAGGAACCACGACGUCGGCGUCGGGCUCCGGCCUCGGCAGUCUACAUGGAGGCGGCGGCGGCAGCGGCGGGGGCGCGGCUCUGGGCGGCUCCGGCUCCGGCGCGGAUCAGGUGCGGCGCUAUCGCACUGCGUUCACCCGGGAGCAGAUCGCGCGCCUGGAGAAGGAGUUCUACCGGGAGAACUACGUGUCGCGGCCCCGCCGGUGCGAAUUGGCCGCCGCGCUCAACCUGCCCGAAACCACCAUCAAGGUGUGGUUCCAGAACCGGCGCAUGAAGGACAAGCGGCAGCGCCUGGCCAUGUCCUGGCCGCACCCGGCCGACCCCAGCUUCUACACCUACAUGAUGACGCACGCGGCCGCCACCGGAAGCCUGCCCUAUCCUUUCCACUCGCACGUGCCGCUGCAUUACUACCCGCACGUGGGUGUCACGGCGGCCGCUGCAGCAGCCGCGGCCUCUGGCGCGGCCGCCGCCGCCUCGUCGCCCUUUGCCACUUCCAUCCGCCCGCUGGACACGUUUCGGGCCCUCUCGCACCCCUACUCGCGGCCCGAGCUGCUGUGCAGCUUCCGUCACCCGGGUCUCUACCAGGCGCCCGCGGCCGCCGCGGGGCUCAACAGUGCGGCCUCGGCCGCGGCGGCUGCAGCGGCGGCGGCGGCGGCGGCCUCUUCGGCCGCGGCGGCCGGGGCGCCCCCCAGCGGCGGGUCCGCGCCCUGCUCGUGCCUCAGUUGCCACAGUAGUCAGUCGGCAGCAGCAGCCGCUGCAGCCGCCGCGGCGGCCCUAGGCUCCCGGGGUGGCGGUGGCGGCGGCGGGGCUGGCGGCGGCGGCGCGGGGGCCGCGGGGGCCUCGGACUUCGGCUGCAGCGCCGCGGCACCGCGCUCCGAGAGCGGCUUCCUGCCCUACUCGGCCGCGGUGCUUAGCAAGACCGCGGUGAGCCCGCCCGACCAGAGGGACGAGGCGCCGCUCACCAGAUAA